AUGGAAUACCAAGACCGGCCCAAAGUGGCCCCUGUCUUCCUGGAGCUACUUUCCUAUGAGCCUUACCAGGUGUGCAUGCAUUGGGAACCUCCUCCCAGGCUGACUCUCUAUGUCCAGCUGGGUCCUGUGGGGGCACCAGGGGAGGAAGUGACCUUCAGGUGCAGGAGACCAUCAUUGUCACCCAAUCGGUUGGUGACAUUCCUUCUGCUGAAGGCAGGGUCACAGGACCCCUUGCAAAUGAACCAUGGAAACCUUUCUGAAACCAAUUUCCCCCUGAAGCCUCUGCAUGCUCAGGACUCCGGGAGCUACAGCUGUGUGUACUACUACACUUCCCACCCACAUGUCAGGUCGGAAGCCAGUGAGACCCUGGAGGUCUGGGUGACAGACGGCCUUCCCAAGCCCUCUCUCUCAGCCCGGCCCAGUUCCAAGGUAACCCGGGGGAACGUGACCCUUCUGUGUCAGGGGCCAUCCCGAGGCGUGGAGUUUGCUCUGUACAAGGAGGGAGAGGAGCUGCCUGUGAGCACCAGUGAGCCCACCCAGCACGGGGCAGAGUUCCCCUUGAUCCACGUGAACAUCAACCAGACUGGAAGGUACAGGUGCUCUUAUCUCCUUGGGAGAAACAGCCGUGUCCUGGCCCUGCCCAGUGAUCCCCUGGAACUCAUAAUACAAGAAACCCAAAGCAUCCUCAUCAUUGCCCUCAGCUGCGCUUCUAUUCUCUUCCUUCUCUUCCUCUUCUUUACCUUUAGGGGUCAUUGCCACACUGAGACUGUGAUUUCACAUGGAGACACCUCCAGAAGAUUCCCAAGGUGCCUCAGUUGUUCUUGGUUUGUCUGCUUCUCUUCCAAAUGUGGAGCUCCCCAACAUGAGACUGAGUAUGCCCGGGUUGCCAAAUGCAGAUGCUCAAGGACAACUAUUCCUGAGGUUGAAGACCCUGAGGGACUGACCUAUAUCCAGCUGAAUCCAGAAGCCCUGAAAGAACAGCAGACAGCCCCUGGGAAGAUGUGUCCUGAUCCAACAAUGUAUGCUAUUCUUGCUUUGCAAUGAUGAACAAGAACUUCUUGCUCCGUGUCCUUCCUUAGGAUCUUUUGCUAGAUAAUUAUCCAUGUUUCCCUUUCUCAGUGGGGGUACCCUUUAAAUUCUCUUUGGGUUUUAUCCUCUCACACACUUCUGGUGAUCUACUCAGCUUCUCUGUGUUUUAUCACCAUAACCCAGGCCAAAGGGUCCAGGCCCUCUUCCCUGAACUCCAGGCCCACAUCACCAGUUGGUGAUUGAAUACUUCCAAUUGGAUGCCUUAUAAGUAUUUCCAACGCUAGUGUUCUAAGUAGAACUUUUUUGUUUCUUCCCUCUCCAAACAUCUACAACUUUCUCCUUUUUCAAACUUCCCUCCUUCUACUGAAGGCAACAGUAAUCUCAUGGUCUCCCAGGGCCAUAAAUUUGGAGUUAUCUUUAAAUCUUUUUUCUGCUCAUCCGCAAUCAUUUGCCAACUCUUUUCUAUCCCAUCAUCAUAGGAUCUUGCUUUUCUAGGCCCAUUUCUUUGCUCAUAUUGUCCCUUGUCACCACCCUCUUCAAUUAUUUCCAUAGCCUAUUGAUUGAGAUUUCUGGAUCUGUCCUCUCUCCUCUGCAUCCCAUUCUCCAGAAAGCACCAAAAUAAAAUUUUCCAAAGCUCUGGUCUGACAUAAUUUAUAUUUUGUCAAGGAAGCUUUUAAGUCUUUCUCUUACCUUUAGGAUCAAAUACAACUUCUCCAUUUGGUCAUUUGAAGCCUUUCACUGGUUAAUUCUUACCUGUCUUUCUAGACUCAUUAUAUGUUCACUCUCUCUCUAUUCCAAACAAACUGAGCAGCUUGUUGUUCCUUAAAACUAAGAGCUGAUCUCCCAUCUUUGGGUCCUUCAAAAAGAAUUUCUCCACUGCUUUUCCAUUUUUUGAAUAGGGUUUCUGGGAAUCCUUUAAGGUUCCGUCCAAGUAUAUCCUUUUAUAAGCAUACUUUCCAGAUUCAACAAAACUGAGUAUUUUCCCCAACCAUUAUUUUUCUUACUCACCACUGAUGGGUUUCUUUUUUAAACACUUAAAAAGAACUUAAAAAAACACCAAAUAAAUGAGCGCUUCCACAUAAAGUAGUAGAAAGAGUUUGUAUGAAAUUGAUUUUUAUAUCGAUCUUGCUUUUCUUUUUGGAAUC